UGGAAAAAAGCAAAACCGCAGAUUACGAUCAAAAGACUGCGACGUGAAUGAAAAAUACAUAUUGUUCUUGUUGAUGUUGGGGUUAGGGUUUACCUGAAUAAUGGAAAAAAGGGGGGACGUGGUUGCCGUGGUUUAAUCCACGCCAACCACCGUGAUUUAAUGAGGGGGUGGUAUAGGGCAUGAAUAAUGGGCCUAUGUGGCAAACCAUGACCCAAUCAUGACCCCCACACCAUAUAGCCUAAGAGGGAAGUGCCCCUCUCACCCUAAACUUUUGGUUAACUCCCCACCGGGGUGAGUGAACUGGCAGAUUGAGGUUUCCAGAACAUUCAUAUUAUGGGUCAAUCAUCAUACACACGUGUUAGGUCCAUGCCGUCCACUCAAUCAUCAUACAUACACACGUCUUUACUCUUUUCACUCCACUAAACUCCACCGCUCGCUCACCCUGCCUGAGAUCUAGCAACAGCAAAUGGAACAAGUGAAGAACAAACAGAUUAUACUCAAGGAUUACGUUAAUGGCUUCCCUAAGGAAUCCGACAUGCCCCUCAUUACUUCCUCCACCAUCAACCUCAAGCUUCCAGAAGGUUCCAACGCCGUCCUCCUGAAGAACCUUUAUCUGUCGUGUGAUCCGUACAUGCGUGGUAGAAUGAGCGAAUCUAAAGGAAGUUACGUUGAUUCCUUUACUCCUGGUUCGCCUAUAACAGGAUAUGGAGUAGCUAAAGUUCUUGAUUCGGGGCAUUCAAAAUUCAAGAAAGGUGACUUUGUUUGGGGAAUGACUGGAUGGGAGGAAUACAGCAUUAUCAACGCGCCUGAGACUCUAUUCAAGAUUGAAGAUACUGACGUGCCUCUAUCCUAUUAUACAGGCCUUCUUGGUAUGGCUGGUAUGACUGCUUAUGUUGGUUUCUAUGAGAUCUGUGCUCCAAAGAAAGGAGAGUAUGUAUAUGUUUCAGCAGCUGCGGGUGCAGUUGGUCAGCUCGUUGGACAGUUUGCAAAGCUGUGUGGAUGUUAUGUCGUUGGGAGUGCGGGUACAAAAGAAAAGGUUGAUCUUUUGAAGAAUAAAUAUGGUUUUGAUGAGGCUUUCAACUACAAGGAAGAGCAAGAUCUAACUGCAGCUCUAAAGAGGUGUUUUCCUAAUGGUAUCGAUAUAUACUUUGAGAACGUCGGGGGGAAGAUGUUGGAGGCGGUACUCUCAAACAUGAGAUUAAAUGGUCGGAUUGCAGCUUGCGGGAUGAUCUCACAAUACAAUCUAGAGGAAGGAGAGGGGGUGCGCAACCUGUUCUUAGUGGUAACAAAACGUCUGCGCAUUCAAGGUUUUAUUAUAGGUGAUCACUAUCACAUGUAUCCGAAGUAUAUGGAAACGGUAUUACCUUUGAUAAAACAAGGGAAGAUUUGUUAUAUAGAAGACGUUGUGGAAGGGCUCGAGAGCGCACCUGCGGCUUUGGUUGGGCUGUUCUCUGGCAGAAAUGUUGGGAAGCAACUGGUGGUCGUGGCUCGUGAAUGAGUCGAUAUCUUUAGGGUAUAACUGUGUGAAUGGUGUUGUUUUUAAUAAUGAAUAAGGCUUUGGUAAAAGCAUGUGUUGAAAUAAUUGAAGUACUUAUUUUAUUUUGUAAAAUCUUAUAUUUAUUUCAUAGCAAUUUCUUUUUUG